AAAAAGGACCGAUUAAUGGAUAGUGGUGUGAUGGGUUUAGGUACAUCAGUAAAAUUUUUAAUAAUAAGUUUAAGUGACAAAAAUCUAAUAGUGAAAUGUUCACUGAAACUCCACUUUUUGUACGUUUGCAAAUGUUCCUAGCCCAGCGUUGGAAAUGCUUUAAGGGGAAGAGCCACAUGUGGCUUUUUGUGUUUAAGACAAAAAACAAACUGGGCGACAGCCUCGCGGACCCCGCACAGGGCAGCCCAGGGAGCGAGGCGGGAGCCGGCCCUGCGCCGGAAGGGCGCUGCGGGAGCGAGGCCCGGGCGGUUCUGGCCGGCGCGGGCCAAUCCCACGGUGCCUAAAUAGCGUUGCUAGGGUGGAAGGGGGUGGGAGAGGAGCGUCAAAUUUCAAAAAAAAAAAAAUCCACCCACUCCCGCGCCUGAGCUCCGGGCGGGCGGGCGCGAUGGGCGCCCUUUGGCUGCGGGACGAGAGGAGGAUGCUGGGAAGGAGGUAAAAUGGCCACCGGCGGCGGCGCGGAGGAGGAGAGGAUGCGGGCACGGCCGCAGCUGCUGCCCCCGGCGCGGCCCGGGGCCACGGGCGAGGAGCCCGAGGGCCCGCGUGAGAAGAUGGGCUGGGCCCAGGUGGUGAAGAAUCUGGCGGAGAAGAAGGGAGAGUUCCGCGAGUCGCGGCCAGCGCGGCGGGAGGAAGAAGGCGGCAGCGGGAGCGCGGGAAACGGGCUCACCGCCCCCGCGGGCCUGGCGGCGCCCUGUCUCAGCGACUUCCCACCGGCCGGCCGUGGGGACCCGAAGGGCCGUCGGAGAGAGCCGGCAGGCGAGGCCGCAGACUCCCGCAAGAAGAAGGGCGCCGCCGAGCCGCCCAGGAGGAAGAAGGCCGAGGUAGUGGCCAUCGCGACCCCCGCCCGGGCCGGCGAGGCCGAAGAUGCGCGCGAGCGGCCGCUCACUGACGAGCAGCAGGCGGCGGCGGCCGCGGCGGCGGCGGCGGCCCCAGCGGCUGGCCCGGGCAAGGGACGCUUCCUCGUGCGCAUCUGUUUCCAGGGCGACGAGGGCGCCUGCCCGACCCGGGACUUCGUGGUGGGCGCGCUUAUCCUGCGCUCCAUCGGCAUGGACCCGAGCGACAUCUACGCAGUCAUCCAGAUCCCUGGCAGCCGUGAGUUCGACGUGAGCUUCCGCUCGGCGGAGAAGCUGGCUCUGUUCCUUCGCGUCUACGAGGAGAAGCGCGAGCUGGAGGACUGCUGGGAGAACUUUGUGGUGCUGGGGCGGAGCAAGUCCAGCUUGAAGACGCUCUUCAUUCUUUUCCGGAAUGAGACGGUGGACGUGGAGGACAUCGUCACCUGGCUCAAGCGCCACUGCGACGUGCUGGCCGUGCCCGUGAAAGUGACCGAUAGGUUUGGGAUCUGGACCGGGGAGUACAAAUGCGAGAUCGAGCUGCGCCAAGGGGAGGGUGGGGUCAAGCACCUGCCGGGAGCCUUCUUCCUGGGGGCUGAGAGGGGCUACAGCUGGUACAAGGGGCAGCCCAAGACGUGCUUUAAAUGUGGCUCUCGGACCCACAUGAGCGGCAGCUGCACGCAGGACAGGUGUUUCAGGUGCGGAGAAGAGGGACACCUGAGCCCUUACUGCCGGAAGGGCAUCGUGUGCAACCUCUGUGGCAAGCGAGGGCACGCCUUUGCCCAGUGUCCCAAAGCAGUGCACAAUUCUGUGGCAGCUCAGCUCACUGGCGUGGCCGGGCACUGAACCUACCCCACCCCCCGCACCUGCCAGGGUGAACACACAGCCGGCUUACCCCUCUUAAGUGCCAAAACUUUUUUUUAAACCGUUUUUUAUCGUUUUUGAAGGAGAUCUUUUAAAGACGUACCAGAGACCUCUCAAUGCCUUCUUAAAUCGAGUUUACUCCAUUUCAGCUUGUUCUGAAUUGGUGGUUGUCAUCAGUAAGGACUACGCAGAACUGUGUUGUGCAGAUGCUGCCCCUCCCGAUAUAAGAUUUUAUUUUAAUUUUUGUAUUUUUUUUCUUGUACUUUUUACUACCCCUCUUCCCACACCCUAUCUUCUCCCUGGAAUUUCAUAUUCUGAGCUGCCUUGUUCACCUUUAUGCCCAGCGCCCGGCAUGGGGUCUCCACCAGUGCUUGUUGGAUUGAAAACAAUCUUGACUGUGGCUUCUGUCACAGCAUCUGCCUUUUGCAGCUCUUUCCUGUCCCCUUUUUGCUGCUUCUAACCUACAUGGUCUGAGAAUUUGUGAAACCUGUGUUGUUAGAAGUGUUUAUAAUCCGAAUCAAUAAGCUCUGAACGGUGGCCAAGGGCCUCUCGUGGUGUAAAAACGCCUGGACUUUGUGACAGCUCCUCUGGUGGCUUACAAGCCAUUUUUCAGAGAAUCGUGGAAAUGGAAGUUUUUUCUUGCUGGAAAGGACCUGAGAGUUGGUUUAAGCCAAUCUUUUGCUUUACCUGAAGAUGUAACAAACCCAUAAUGGUUAAAUGACUGGGUCAGAGUCAUAGAGUUGUCUGGUGCCAGAGCCCAUAGUAGAGUCCCCUGAGCCCACACCCGGUGCUCAUCCCACUACCUCUCACACUUCACAACAAUUUCCUCCACCCUUAAGGGCCCAGAAAGUCUCUCUCCACAGUGAUGAACCCAUCUGGGAGGGAGCAGAAAGGUUCACCAGGGGCUCCUGAAUACAGUACUUGGGAGACAGAAGGGCCCAGGGGACAACUCCAGGAUGCAUUCGUUGCUCCCUGGGUUACCCCACUUCCAGUAAAUGUUCCAGGUCCUUUGGAGCCUUCCCCUUCCCCAUUCAUUGCCACCAAUGAGAAAUGGGGGUGUCCCCAGAGUAAAGAAACCUACAAAGGUUUACAUUGCACCUUAGCCUCAGUAGCUAGGAACCCUAGAGAAGCAGCCAGCUGGAGCUCAUCUGUAGCUCUUGGCCUCAGGAGAAUGGUGGUUUUACCCCAGGAUUCAGUUAACUCUAAAAUGUACUUGGGAAUAGACCAAGCAAGAGGACAUGGGUCCGCUAAGUAUUAUCGAGUUAAAAUAGAAAAGAGAGUACACUGCUUUUAGUUUUUGUGUUUCCUUUGCUAUAUAUUUUGCUAUUUCCUUGUGGCUUAGAAUGUUUUGUUCUGAAUAAAUAUUUAUCUUU